AUGGCCAAAGACGGAUGGCUGGGAAUCGCUCUGCCUGUGGAGCUAGGAGGAGGUGGACUCGGUAUAUCGGAGGCCGCCAUGAUGAUGCAAACCAUCACCGAGUCAGGCGCCGGCAUGGCGGGUGCGCAGGCCAUCCACGCGAAUGUCUACGCAACGCAACCUCUGGUCAAAUUUGGAAGUCCCGAACAGAUCCAGGGCAUCGUCCCCAACAUCAUCAGUGGGAAAUGGCGGACCUGCUUUGGUGUGACGGAACCCAACGUCGGGCUGGACACGACGCAAUUGAGGACGGUCGCGGUGCGGGACGGCGACGGCGCCUACCGGGUGACGGGGCAGAAAAUCUGGAUCACCUGCGCGCAGGUGGCGCGGAAGAUGAUUUUGCUGGCGCGGACGACGCCGCUCGACCAAGUUCGCAGGCCCGUCGACGGGCUCUCCCUGUUCUGUGUCGACCUGGACCGGCAAGGCAAGCGCGGGCUCGAGAUGCGGCCGAUCAAGAAGAUGGGCGGCCGCGCGGUUGACGCGAACGAGGUGUGGUUCGACGGAUACGAGGUUGCGGCGGACGCGCUGAUCGGCGAGGAAGGGCAGGGCUUCCGCAUCAUCCUGCACGGCAUGAACGCCGAGCGGUGCCUGGUGGCGGCUGAGGCGCUGGGCCUAGGGUACGCGGCGCUGCAGCGUGCGGCCGGUUACGGGCGCGAGAGGGUGGUGUUUGGGCGGCCGAUCGGGCAGAAUCAGGGCGUCGCCCAUCCGCUGGCCGACGCGUACAUGCGGCUUGAGGCCGCCAAGCUGGCGACCUACCACGCCGCCCGGCUGUAUGACGACGGCGACGGUGCGGCCGUUUCGCAGAGCUCCAUCGGCGUCGCCUGCAACAGUGCCAAGUACCUCGCCGCCGAGGCCGCCUUCGCCGCGUGCGAGCGGGCCGUGCUGUCCCACGGCGGCAUGGGCUACGCAGCCGAGUACGAUGUGGAACGCUGGUUCCGAGAGUCUCUGGUGCCGCGCAUCGCGCCGGUCAGUCGGGAGAUGGUCCUAAACUACAUCAGCGAGAGGGUCUUGGGACUGCCCAAGAGUUACUGA